AUGGAACACUUGGUCACCGAGACCAAGGACGACACAGCUCUGGCAGCUGAAGGCUCUCCAACGCUCUCCCUACAAGGCCCGCAUAUCAGAGUCUCGGGAAACCAUGCAAAGACAAUGGGAGGCGCUAACGGCACAGUCGACCGGAUGUUGAAGCGAAUGCAAAAGGGGAAAUUCGGCGGGGCCAUUUUCAUCCAUGCAGGGGCUGGUUUUCAUAGCCACCAAAAUGAACGAGUUCAUCUUGAGGCCUGUAGCAAUGCUGCUUCCAUGGGAAUGAAGUUCCUGAAAUCGGGUGCUUCGGCCACCGAAGCCGUCGAGGCGGCUUUGCGCAUCCUGGAAGACAAGGAGAUAACUAAUGCCGGCUACGGCUCUAAUCUGUCAAUGGACGGGACUGUUGAAUGCGAUGCAACGAUCGUCGACCAUCUUGGCAGGAGUGGUGCCUGCGGAGCGGUUCCCAACAUCAGAAACCCGGUCUGUCUCGCAAAGCUGAUAUUGGACAAAAGCAGUCAGCCCCUGUCUCUACGACGUGUUCCGCCAAACAUACUUGUUGGAGAGGGUGCCAAAAACUUUGCCAUGGAGAAUGGUAUGCAGGUUGUUCCGAACGACUACCUGAUCUCCAAGAACGCACGUGACCGAUUCCUGCGAUGGCAAGAAGAUCUCAAUCGGGCGGAAGAGAGACUGAGGCAGGCCAGAGCACGCAAACCACCCGGGGAAGCGAUCGAUAACUGCCAGCAACACGAGACCAUGCCGAUACCAGCUAGGUUACACCAGAAUCAACAAAGAGACCAUGCCAAUGCUAUCCUCAGCGGUACAUGGAAUGAAGGUCAGCCGGAUUCUCCACAACGAGGUUCUCCGGCGCUCGAGCAGAUGCAGGGCCAUCAUCAGGGAAACCCUUUGGCCGGAUCAGCAUACCCUCGGACGCCUCCUCAGCAGAUCGAACGUUCUCCUUUGAGCUACAUUGGGGUUUCCGCACCAUCAGCCAACAGAUCCCGGCCUACCAUACUUCAGGAAAAGGAUUCAUUGGUAGCGCCUCCCAGUCAGUUGGCGAACGAGGGAAGUCGUGAUGGUACCAGGUCCCCUCAAUGGACAGAUGGAGCCAAGUUCGCAAGCACGAUUGCACAGCUCCAGGGCUGCAGCCCUCGUAGUCUUAAGCGACCGUUCUCUGCAACCGAGCUGGAGCAUGAGGAUGUCAUCACCGACACCGUGGGAGCCAUAGCAAUUGAUGAAAAAGGAAACAUCGCGGCGGGCUCGUCAUCUGGCGGCAUCGGAAUGAAGCAUCGUGGGCGAAUAGGCCCUGCUGCUCUGGUGGGCAUCGGCACAGCCGUAGUGCCAUGUGAUCCGAACGACCCAGACAAGAUCAGUGUGGCAACUGUCACCAGCGGCACAGGGGAGCACAUGGCCACCACAAUGGCGUCUCAACGAUGUGCUGAACGAAUAUAUGGCAAUACCCGCCGAGGUCCGAACGGCAGAGAUGUCGAGGAAUGGGACGAGGACGCCAUCAUGGAGUCGUUCAUCACGAACGACUUCAUGGGCCACCCCGGUGUCAAAGGCUGCAGCUCUGCCGGGGCGAUUGGCGUGAUGACAGUCAAGAAGACAAGGACGGGGUACUAUUUAUACUUCGCCCACAAUACCGACUCAUUCGCGUUGGCCUCCAUGGGCGGUUCUGACAGAGAGCCAGUUUGCGUCAUGUCCCGUCUGGGCGAGACUGCUCAAGUUACCCGGGGGGCUCGAAGGAUACGGGUGGAUCCAGGACCGUGA